AGGCUCCGGGGCCGUAUGCCCGAAGACUGUGCAGCUUCGAGUACUUGGGGCGCAUGCGGCAAGCGAAGCCUCCACUCUCGCGAGAGUUCGUCUUCCCGGAAGCGCUGGAGGACGCUCCCUAGCGUCGCGAUGUGCGGGGACUGUGUGGAGAAGGAGUAUCCCAAUCGGGGUAAUACCUGCCUAGAGAAUGGAUCUUUCUUGCUGAACUUUACUGGUUGUGCAGUGUGCAAUAAGCGAGAUUUUAUGCUGAUCACAAACAAAUCCCUGAAAGAAGAAGAUGGAGAAGAAAUAGUUACCUAUGAUCAUCUGUGUAAGAAUUGUCAUCAUGUAGUAGCCAGACAUGAGUAUACCUUCAGUAUCAUGGAUGAAUUUCAGGAAUAUACCAUGCUGUGUCUAUUAUGUGGCAAAGCCGAAGAUACUAUCAGUAUUCUCCCUGAUGACCCCCGACAAAUGACUCUGUUAUUCUGAGACUCCUGCAGUUCUGCUCUGUGUUGUGUUGGGCUGGUUUGCAAUAGAGCAAGCCUAAUGGUUUGUCUGAUAAUGACAGUUCUUUGUGUGUUUGCUUUCCUGCUUAGACUUAAAUAUUCUUUGAAAAAAAAGUAAUUUGGGGUAAUGUUGGCUCCUAGAGUUGAGCUCUUCUGCUAAAGUCCCUUGCACACCUUCGUGUAUGCAGCCAGAGUGACACGUCUUUGCUAAUAGUUAUUUGGCUGGAAAAUAACUAGAAUGUAUGCACGCUCAGCACCUAGAUCUUUGCUUCCUAUCAAAGGAACCCAGGACUCCUUGCAAAAAUGACUGAUAGAAUAGGGCAGGAGUUCUACCUGGGGAAUU